UAUAGAGACUGUAAUAACAAAAUUUAUGCAAUGUAGCGUGGCGGACUUAUGGUCGGCGAACGCGAUAGAGACCGUGAAACGGUACGCUGGGAAACGGGUGAUGCAACACCGCCCCAAUUCAAUAAUGGAGGUACGCAAAUGGUCGGACAACUGCAUGGUGGACAGGCUGCUAGCCAACAACAACAACAACAGCAAAAGCAGCAACAGUCUCAGCGCGAUCUACAGCUACAGCAGCAACAACAUUUGCAAUUGCAACAGCAACAACUACUCCAACAACAACAGCAGCAACAAACCAGUAAUUGGAUUGAAAACGAAACGCUUGGCCGCAGCCCGGCAGCUCGAGCAACAGCUGCCGUCAGUAGCCUCAGUCACAUCACCCAGGGCUACGACCUUGGCGACAACAACGAUAACCAAGCCUACUACGAUACAAGCGGUAAUGUCGAUUGGGGCCGAGCGAUGGGAACCGGUGGAGCUAGUUCAUUUGGUUGCGGCACUGGAGCUGUCCCAACAACUGGCAAUCUUGCUUAUAACAAUGGCGCAGCUGCUUCUGCGGCUGCCGGUACCAGCGUCACUACCAGCCAACGCAAUCUCAACAAUAUCGGUGGCGGCAGCAUUGGAAACUUGGAUUACGACGAUGGCGGCAGUAUUACUGGCGCAUCCGCCACAACCACGCACACCGCAGGCGGCCUUGGUGGCCCUAUGGGCAAUGGCGGUAUCGGUGGCGUUGCCGCGCCUGGCGGUCAAAAUAUCGGUGGCAUUGGCGGUACCGGCACUGGUGCUGGUAGUACCGGCGCUGUUGGCAAAGAAGUGCGAUACGCUCCAUUCCCAAUACCAUCACCGACGCACUCCAAUCCGACGACUUCCCAUAUGCACGGCAACAUGGGCACUGGCGCACUGCAGCGCGCACAUUCCAGAUCCAUGUCCUCCAUACCACCACCCGAACCCUUUAUGAUAGCGCAAUCGAAACAAGUGAAUAGCCGCGUGUCCAUCAAUGUAGGCGGCGUUAAACAUGAGGUUCUCUGGCGCACACUCGAAAGACUGCCGCACACACGUCUGGGCCGAUUGCGCGAAUGCACCACGCACGAGGCAAUCAUUGAGCUAUGCGACGACUAUUCGAUAGUCGACAACGAGUAUUUCUUCGACCGACACCCGAAAAGUUUCAGCUCCAUAUUGAACUUCUAUCGUACCGGAAAGCUACACAUCGUCGACGAGAUGUGUGUUCUGGCAUUUAGUGAUGAUCUCGAGUACUGGGGGGUCGAUGAGUUGUAUCUGGAGUCGUGCUGCCAGCACAAGUACCACCAGCGAAAAGAGAAUGUCCACGAAGAAAUGCGCAAAGAAGCCGAAUCGCUGCGACAACGGGACGAAGAAGAGUUCGGCGAAGGCAAGUGUGCUGAAUACCAGAAGUACUUAUGGGAGCUGCUCGAGAAGCCAAACACCAGCUUCGCCGCGAGGGUUAUCGCAGUGAUAUCCAUACUAUUUAUAGUCCUGUCUACCAUAGCCCUGACGUUGAACACCCUACCACAACUACAACACAGUGAGAAUGGUACACCAUCCGAUAAUCCGCAAUUGGCUAUGGUUGAGGCCGUUUGCAUAUCGUGGUUCACCUUAGAGUAUAUACUUAGGUUUAGUGCGUCGCCGGACAAAUGGAAAUUCUUUAAGGGCGGCCUUAACAUAAUCGAUCUAUUGGCAAUACUCCCAUAUUUUGUUUCCCUAUUCCUAUUGGAGACGAAUAAGAAUGCAACGGACCAGUUCCAGGAUGUGCGCCGGGUGGUGCAAGUAUUUCGCAUCAUGCGCAUCCUGCGAAUCCUUAAGCUGGCCCGUCACUCAACGGGCCUGCAGUCGUUAGGCUUUACGCUACGUAAUUCAUAUAAGGAACUCGGUCUACUAAUGCUGUUCCUGGCCAUGGGCGUUCUCAUAUUUUCUUCGCUGGCAUAUUUUGCCGAAAAGGAUGAAAAGGAUACAAAAUUCGUUUCAAUACCGGAAACAUUUUGGUGGGCGGGUAUUACAAUGACAACUGUUGGCUACGGGGACAUCUAUCCCACUACUGCACUGGGAAAGGUUAUUGGUACUGUGUGUUGCAUAUGCGGUGUUCUGGUAAUCGCUUUGCCUAUUCCCAUCAUCGUUAACAAUUUUGCUGAAUUUUAUAAGAACCAGAUGCGACGCGAGAAGGCGCUCAAGCGACGUGAGGCGCUCGAUCGGGCGAAACGUGAAGGCAGCAUCGUCUCCUUUCAUCAUAUCAAUCUGAAAGAUGCCUUUGCCAAAUCCAUGGAUCUCAUAGAUGUUAUUGUCGAUACAGAAAAGCGCGAAAGUCGCAAUAGAUCAAUAAAAAAUUGGCAUCGUUUAACCCACGCGCUACGACGGUCCUCCACAGGGCACAAUCUCUCACAGACCGAUGGGAAUAGCACCGACGACGGCGAGUCAACCAGCGGCGGCGGCCGCAAUCCGGCCACCACCGGCGCCGGCUGCUACCGGAACUUCGAUCAUAUGGCCAAUCUGAGGAAUUCGAAUAUGACGCAUCACUUUCGUCCAUCUGUACCUGACCAGGAAUCAGUUCCUCCAUAUAGUUAUGUCGAUACUCCGAAUGCCCACCUAACGUCCAUGACGGCCAUGGAGAGCUACAAGCGCGAACAACAACAACGCCAGCUGCAGCAGCAAUUGCUACGCGAACAGCGUGAGAAGCUGGAGCAAUUGGCGCAGCAGCAGGCGGAUACCCUCCUCACCACAUCCGUUGCACCCUUACUGAGCACAGCAGCAUCAGCAGCGGUUACAACAACAGCCGCCGCUAACACCUUGCCGAUAAUCACGGCUAAUGGCGGUGCGAGUGUGCCAAGCGGAGCCGGUAAUGCGGUUGGCUCGGGCUCCAACACCGCGGCGGCGGCAGCAGCCGCAGCAAUGGACGAUACUGCUGCCAACUCCUCACAGGCAGGUGAUAGCGUGUCGCUGGUGCCAUCCGGUCCACGGCCAUUGCAAAUGAUGAUAGCACCUGGGGAAGUGGCCGAGCUGCGACGUCAGGUGGCACUCGAGAAUUUGCAAAACCAGAGAAUGGAUAAUUUCGAACAGGAUGUACCGGUGGAAUUUGAAUGCUGCUUUUGCACAACGAAGGACUUCAAGGAGUUCACCGAUGCCGAGGGUGUAAUUUCGCUUCCAACGUCGGACUUCCACAAGCCCGUUUGCGUGGAGAUGCGAAUGGCUGCCAAUCAGGCGAACCGAGAUCUGCGCGCCAACCAGUUCGGUUUGCUGGCCCCACCUAUACACCUGCCGACGUCUCAGCCACAGUUAGCAGGCGCCAUUACUGCCGCUACAGGCGACGCACAUGCCGAAGUCAUAUUUUCGAUUGGUGGUGGUGGCGGCGUGAUGCGCACCCCACACCAUCUGCCCCAUCACACUGCCAAUAGCCUAGCGCCGAUUGCAUCGCAAUCAUCAUCCACCUCGUCAUCGUAUGGCACCACUACGUCCACCACCAUAGCGCUGCCACUCGACACUCCAUUUCGUUACCCACCAUUCAUCACUAGCUACAGCAACAAUAACUUCAAUUACAAUUAUAACAAUAAUUUCAAUACAACAUCGGUGGGUGCAUGUCCAGCACUGUCAAUGGCAACCGGUAAUGCUGCUCUGGCUUUGGGGAGCAAUUUUAAUAACAACUUCAAUGUUAACAUCAACAACAAUAACAAUGCAGAUCUGGCUAGCGUGGACAGUUCGGAUACGUACGCCAGCUGUCAAACUCAUCCAUUUCAUUCCCAAGGUGAUCUCACUGCCGACCUGGCCGACGAAGCGUGCGCACUGGACAUCGACAUGGAUAACUUGUACAUAAACCCGUUGGAAAAAGAAUCGACGACGUCGACAAGUGGGCCAGGCACAACAGGUUAUAUCGUCGGUCUUCCACCAACCGGUACUACUGGUCUGACACCGAUGGGACUGAUGCGUUCGCAGGUGAAGAAAAGCACGUCGGGAGACACGGCGCUACGUAACAUGGCCGCAGGCGGUCUGAGUCCGAUGGACGAGGUAUAUCAAAACUUCGAAGUGCAAGAACGCGGCAGUCGUGUUAGUCUCAAUGAGAAUCCCGUUCCAAAACAUCGCAAAACACGAUUCCAAAGUUUCACGUCGAUGCCUACCGGCGCAGGGACGUCAAACAAGCCACGAGCACGCUUCGAAGAGGCCAAGAUCAUACAAGACAACGCAAGCAGCAGCCACGAUAGCAGCCCUGCCGGCAGCGGGAGCAAGAAGAAGCGCUCAUCCUUCAUGCCCGGAAAGAGUUUAGCCACUGCCACCAAGCUAAUCAACCAGCAUCUGUUCGGAAUACAGAAUGUUGGACAAAAAGCGAAAUUCGAAAGUAAACAUUCCUCGUCGAUAGACUCUAUCGACGUAUCUCCAAAUCUUGAGCAGCAUCGACGUUCAAAAUCGAUACUCAAAAACAAAUCUGAUAUCUCACGGGUGCUCGCAGAUCCCGAGAGCGAGCGCCUACUGGCCGACAAUAUGUCUGGGUCGGGUGUGUCUGACAAUGGCACCGUCAUGUUUUGUUUACAGGGCGAAUCUGGCAGCGAUUACUCACCGAAUAAAUUACCUCACUCAAUUUUAGCCAAGUCUAUCUCCCCACCACCAUUGCGGCAUCGGAUGCUGAUACAACAGCGUUCCGGCCCUGCGACGCUGCAGUCGAGGCCAACAAAAUUCCAAACGCCUCGCUACCCAGAAGAGCAAGCGUUGCGCCACGUCAAGCCAAUGUUGGCGCGUUCAACUGCCACAUCGCACAUGUCCGGCGACAGUCGAUACGACUCGACCAACAGAGACAGUAGUCAAGAUUCGGAAACCACUUUUACGUCCAACGUGAACAUACGCAGCGAAACUGGUGACGGUGGUGCCGUGAGCAAUGGUGAGGCGGCUGGUUCUAGCGAUGAAAAUCGUUCGCUCCUACAACGUGGCAACUCCGAUGAACAAAACGAUAGGGAUGAAAAUGCUAGCGGUGAAACUGGGGCCACGUAGCAAUUACUUAAAAA